CUUCUUUCCCCCACCACUACAUAGUGUUACAGUACCGUGAACCUCGUUUCGCUGGCGUUUACCCCUCCACAAAAGCGGCAGCCAUCUUUGUUUUGCGGCAUCUGAUCCGGCAUCAAACAUCCUCCACCGACCUAGUUCGAUUGAAGAGAGUAACUCAGGAGUGGAAAUAGAUCCUCAAACAUUGAAGGGACCCCUCUUUCGGCCUCUGAUAGAGCCGCAAAACUAACGAUAAUGGCUCAGCGCUUUCCGUCGGGGCCUGCCCCCGUCCCCGGAGGCCCUCCGCAGAGAUUUGCGCCGCCCCCGGGCUCAAUGCGGCAGUACAGCGGCCCUAAUUUUAAUCCAAUGCAACAGCGUCCACCGAGUAAUUUCGGAGGUCCGAUGGUUGGAUCGCCCAGCGGCCCUGUAUUGAUGCAACGGCCCCCGAUGCAGCCUUACGUUGGUAUGAGGCCAGGAAUGCCGCCUGCGCCCGGAAGUGUCAAAAGACCGGUCGACUCAAGGGUCAUGAUGCCUCAGCCGCCAAAAAACAAGAAGAAGAAGAAGCUGGCAGACAAAAUCUUGCCUCAGAAAGUGCGUGACCUCGUCCCUGAGUCGCAGGCCUACAUGGAUUUGUUGGCUUUUGAACGGAAGUUGGAUGCCACCAUCAUGCGGAAGCGUCUGGACAUUCAGGAGGCGCUCAAAAGACCGAUGAAGCAGAAGAAGAAGCUGCGGAUAUUUAUCUCAAACACUUUCUAUCCAGCCAAAGAGCCUGGGGAGACUGAAGAAGGCACAGUGGCCUCGUGGGAAUUGAGAGUCGAGGGACGUCUUUUAGACGACAACAAAAAUGAUCCGAAUAAGGUCAAAAGAAAAUUUUCGUCAUUCUUCAAAAGUCUGGUGAUAGAGCUGGACAAAAACUUGUACGGCCCGGACAAUCAUCUUGUGGAGUGGCACCGGACACCAACCACUCAAGAAACGGACGGCUUCCAGGUGAAGCGGCCUGGAGACAAAAACGUCUCAUGCACCAUCCUGCUGCUGCUCGACUACCAGCCGCUCCAGUUCAAGCUGGACCCUCGUUUGGCCCGACUGCUGGGCGUCCACACUCAGACACGUCCGGUCAUCAUAAGCGCCCUGUGGCAGUACAUUAAGACGCACAAGCUGCAGGACUCGCAUGAACGGGAAUUUAUCAAUUGUGACAAGUACCUUGAGCAGAUCUUCGCCUGCCAGAGGAUGAAGUUUGCCGAGAUUCCGCAGCGUCUCAACCCUCUUUUGCACCCUCCUGAUCCGAUUGUCAUCAACCACACCAUCAGCGUGGAAGGUGUGGAGCAGAAACAGACUGCCUGUUAUGACAUAGAUGUCGAGGUAGACGACACUCUCAAGACGCAGAUGAACAACUUCCUGCUCUCCACCGCAAGUCAGCAGGAAAUUCAGAGUCUGGAUAACAAAAUCCAUGAGACCGUUGAGACAAUCAACCAGCUGAAGACCAAUCGAGAGUUUUUCCUCAGUUUUGCCAAGGACCCGCAACAGUUUAUUCACAAGUGGAUCAUUUCCCAAACCAGAGAUAUUAAGACCAUGACGGAUGUAGUCGGAAAUCCCGAGGAAGAACGACGGUCAGAGUUUUACUACCAGCCUUGGGCACAAGAGGCUGUUUGCCGCUAUUUCUACACCAAAGUGCAGCAAAAGAGGGCCGAACUGGAACAGGCUCUUGGAAUCCGUAGCUCUUAGAAUUCUCGUCAAUGGCAUUUUAGUUCUCACACCUAAUUUUAUGUGCAUGUUAAGGUUUUCUUGUAAGUUUAAUGGUGAAUUUAUUAAAUAAUUUUCCGACUUAAAGA